UUUUCUCUCUCUAAAAUCCCAUCGUCCUCUCUCUCUCUCUCUCUCUUCCGCAUACGUUUCAAGUUCAAGCUUCUGGUUAAUUGCGAUCAUGGCUUCCGCUGCAGAUCCGAUUGUACCUUCCGACGCGCCGGCCGCCGACGCGGCGGAGGUUCUGACUGUGGCGAACGAUGCGAAGCCUAAGAAGGCCGCGUCCUCGAAAGCUUCCAAGGCUAAGAAACCAUCGGGCGCGAAGAGGCCGAAAUCUUCACCGACUCAUCCUCCUUUCUUUCAGAUGAUUAGCGAGGCGAUUGUAUCGCUGAAGGAGAGGACAGGCUCGAGUCAGUACGCCAUUACGAAGUUCAGUGAAGAGAAGCACAAACAGCUGCCGUCGAAUUUCCGGAAGCUCUUGCUUGUUCAUCUGAAGAAAUUAGUCGCCGCUGAUAAACUUGUUAAGGUGAAGAACUCCUACAAGCUUCCUUCCGCUCGCUCGAUUCAGGCGAAAGCCGCAGCGCCUGUCGCUGCCAAGAAGCCAGCUAGUUCAAAGUUGAAGGCAGCUGCGAGUGUGAAGAAGAAGGCCGCCGUCGUCAAACCGAAGGCUAAAACUGCAGUGAAACCUAAGCCCAAGGCCGUGGUUAAGCCGAAGACGAUCUCCAAAUCCAAGGUUGUUGCAAAGCCGAAGGCGGCGGCGGCGGCGGCCAAGCCUAAGGCGGCGGCGAAAGUUAAAGCUGCUGCGAAGGCUAAGCCCGCUGCAAGGCCCGCGAAAGUGGCGAAAACAUUGACGCAAACAUCACCGGGAAAGAGAGCUGCACCGGCAGCGAAGGCGAAGAAGGUAGCCGCGAAGAAGCCGAAGACUGUAAAGUCGCCGGCGAGGAAAGUCCAGGCAAGGAAAGUCAAGAAAUGAACGUAGGUUUGAUUGAAUUUAGGGUUUGUUACUUACUGAUCCUCUCUAUCUCUCGUAGCCAUGUAAAUUAGGGGAAAUGAGAUGCAAUCGUUGCAAUACACUAUUUUUAUUAAUUCAGUUUGAUAAAUUCAAGGGUUUAUCAAAUCAAUCUUCAGAGAGUGAUUUUCGAUAUGGCUUGAGAUUCUGGAAAAUUUGUAGGAAUAUAAAAUGAAGCUUUGGAUUAGAUCUUCAA